UCGUCCUUCCAGCAACACAGAGGAGACGCAGAUUGCGUACAGAGUGCACGAUGCCGCGAAAUACUACCGAGAACACUGCAGUGAGCGAGGGUACCACGAAGCAGAAACGAAAACCCGUCCGUCGCGACCCUGAAAAACGGCGUCAACAGAAUAUCCGCGCGCAACGUAAAUACCGGGAGAAGCUUCGUGGGCGCAUGCAAACCCUCGAAACACUUGCAGCAUCGCUGGCGCAAGGAUCUCCAGCGGAGAGCUCCAUCCAAUCCGAGUCGAUCCCACAUUAUGAGGGUUCUAAUGGAUCUAUCUCCUGUUCAUCGAUGACCACUCCCACAGACUGUCAGCUUGAAUUUUCCCGGUCUGUCGAUACUGCAUCGAACUUGAAUUCUUGGGACCCUACAACUUAUCAACCGCCAUUCCCAGACAAUACUCUGUCGCCACUAAACUUCUGGGAUUCCGCAAGUUGGGAUUACACAGCACAGCUGUCUUCAUUGGAACCUACCGUCUCGAGCUCCACAAAUCAACCACCCCCGUCGGAGACUUUCUUGCCCAAACACAGUGUGCGGACUCCUCCAACUCAUGUUGACCCUUCAGUUCUCGUUCACGACAAACACAAUGCCGGCCUCGAUCAACGCUGGACAGCAACUGUUGAGUGCGAUUGCGCCACCCCACAUAUCAAGGUACAAUCGUCUGGACACGGCACCAGCGGCUCUACCGAGGUUAGGAUAAUCACGAUUGCACCGCUCGUACCGGUACCAGAUCCAUACGCCAACCAUCUUCGUCUAGAAACGCUUUGUACGUUAUCCGCCAUGGAUACACUGAGACUGCAUCUUGGCCUUACAGAGGACAUGGUGUGUGACGAAGAAUCACCUUCACUCUUCUAUCGGCCAAUCCGGGCGCCCACAGAUGCCGCAGUGAAGGAAAAUAUGGUUUGCACAGUGCAGAGGAUAUUCAAAACCCUCAAACCAGACUUGAGGCCAAGCAGUGAGCAGAUUACUGUCGAGCACCCUCCAUAUAUUGAUGUUCUUCCCUUCCGGACUCUGCGGAAGAAUCUCAUUCUCCGGCAAAAGGAGGUGGACGAGGAUGAAUUUCUGCGCGAUAUCUUGACCGGCUUAGUCUGCUGGGGAGGAGUAGGAUUGGGACAGAAAGAUCGAAAUGCCUCCACUGGAUAUGCAUCAACAGGAACUCCCUGGGAUAACCGCAGCUGGGAGGCAAAGGCGUGGUUUGUCAAGAAGUACUGGUCUCUCUUAGGGGGUGAAGACGGAGAGCUUGUCCGACAAAGCGAGUGGUGGCGCAGUAUGAGGGGCGAGGACCCACUGGUCAUAGAAGAGAUUGCAUGAAAUCAGGAUCACUAUGAACUUUCCUCGCCAAACAUCACCUCCAGUCUUGCGGCCUCGUUAUCAAUCUGUCUGUGCAGAUAUGCAGAAUUCUGAGUGUGUAAUUCGAGCUUUCGGUCUUCUUCAUGGUUGCCGGUACCCCCAUGGUUAAUAUUUCCCUCAACCCGUCUUUCCAUGAGGGACGCACACUGAUACAUCAUUUCCCCCAUAAUACCGGGAUCAUGUCCUCGGAUUUGAAUCCAGUACGUCAGCUGAAAGAAUAACUGCCAUCGUCGAAGCCCUCCGCAAACCAUCUGGCUCUGGCGUAGUCAGCUGAAGUGAGACCUCGAUACUCGUCAUGAAUUUAGAAACACAAUUCAAUGAGGGAACUAAACAUAUCCAUGUCGCCGUCAGAAGUCUUGUUGAGGAACGGACGCUUGGCAAGGGUCCUUAUGUCAAAUUGUGCAUGGAUAUGCAGUCAUCAUUAUUC